UCCCACCAGUUGCAGUGCGCAGGGCGAAAGAACGCGCUGGGGGCAGCGUGCAGGCGCGAAGAGGAGCGGGACGCGGGGAAACAACAUGAGCCCGAGCGGCGCUGCCAGUCGGCUUUGGCUCCUGCUGACGCUGCUUGUGUUCUCCCGCGCCUCCGAAGAAGAGAAGGAGCCGGAGUUUCUCUCUGAUGUGUGUGCUACUUGCCAUGCAAAUGCCACGUGCCAGCAAAAGGAGGGCAAAAAUGUCUGUAUUUGUAAUUAUGGAUUUGUGGGCAACGGAAGAACAUACUGUCAAGACAAAGAUGAAUGCCAAAUUGGGACGGAGAAGAUUUGUGGCAACCAUACUUCGUGCCACAAUACAUAUGGAAGCUUUUACUGUGUUUGCCUUGAGGGUUUCCAGGCUUCUAGUAAAAACAAGAUAUUUAUUCCCAAUGAUGGCACAAAUUGUAUAGAUAUUGAUGAGUGUGAAGUUUUGGACAUCUGUGGUCCUGGAGGAAAGUGUGUGAAUACUGUGGGAAGCUACGAGUGCUAUUGCAUAGAGGGAUACCAAGUAGAAAAUGGAUCUGAGCCAUUUCACUCAGUUUCAUCAGCGGCUUCAUGCAAAGAGGUGGAUUGUGGAAUGCCACCUUCUUUUCCGAAGGCAUAUUCAGAGCCUCUCAAUAAAACGACUUACGGAAACAGAGUCACGUAUAUGUGUCAGCCUGGUUAUGGCAUCGAAAGUGGAAUCCAGACUUCAGUUUGCAAUGCCAGAGGUCAAUGGGAAGGAGCUGAUAUUGUGUGCAAAGAAAUAAGCUGUGGGAAGCCACCACAGGUUCAAAACGCUGACAUUAUCUGGGACUUCGCCACCACCUUAGGAAGCACAAUAUACUAUCAAUGCAGGGAAGGGUUUCGAUAUCUUGGUGAGCGCAAUUUUUCACAGUGCACUGUAUCUCAGAAGUGGGAAAACAUCUCUUUUGAAUGCAAAGAAAUAACCUGUGGGCCACCGCCUGUAAUAUCUGACUCAGACCUGAUAUGGAAUGGAGUGUCUCGGCUGCAAAGUGUUGCAGAAUAUAAAUGUCGAAAGGGUUUCUACCCCAAAGGAAUAAAGAGCCAUUCGCUCUGCACCAAAAAUGGAACAUGGGAAACCUUGGAUCUAAGAUGUGAAAAAGUCCAGGCAUUUGCUGACGUUAAAGUCAAUGGCUCUUGUUUGUCAUGGAAGAGGCAUUAUGGAAAUGGGGGAGUGAAUGAAACCUAUCAGCUUACUAUGUGGACUCUGGGGACUGGGUCAGAUAAAACAACAGAUAUGUUGAUUGUCCCUCCUGCAACUGAUAAGGCUGUAAAGGUGUGUUUGGAGCUGCAUCAGGAUGCAAAUUACACUGUGAAAAUCUAUGCAAAAUCCGCCAAAUGGAAUUUAACAGUCAGAAUAAUGCAACCAGUAGUCGAAAAGAAAGUUGCAUUCAGCAACAUAUCCGUAUUUAAUGACACGUGUGUUAAAUGGACCAGAGCAUCAGGAAGAACACAGUCUGAGGAAAUCUAUAUAUUUCAUAUACAAGGGCUGCGCUGGUAUCAGAAACAAUUCUGUCAUACGAUGACUCUUAAUUUCACCACAAAUUCUCCAACACCAGAAGUGUGCCUUCGUUUGCCUCCAGGGAGCAAUUACACUGUCAACAUCUCCACAGAAAAUCUGGAUCACAGAGUCGUAGUCUACAUGGCAACCCAGAUCACUGACCCACAAUCGCCAGAAGUAGAAUUUAUGUCAGUCCAAGGUUCUCCACCGCUGUUACAUCUGAGGAAAGCAGAAGAAAGAAAUGGACCCAUAAGUUCUUACCAAGCAAUUGUGAUUCCUUGGAGUCCAAGAUGCAGUUUUAAUUGUUAUUCCCUGACUAGUCUAACCUACUUUGGCAAAGGCACUGACUCAGAAGGCUACGUGGCAGCCGAAUUCCCAUCCCAGGUCAUGGAUGAUGACGUGAAGUUUGUCCUUGGAGACAGGCUCUACUACGGGGAAUAUUACAACGCUCCCUUGAAACAAGGGAAAAGCUACUGCCUUAUACUGAGGACUGUCAGUGAGUGGAAUGGGGUGAAAACACAAUCCUGUGUGACCUGGGCCCAAAUAAAAGAUUUAUCACCCCCACCCCAGCAUUUGACUGUUGUCAUAUUAGGGUCAGUUGCUGCAUUCUGCACCAUCUUGUUACUUCUGUUUUGUACAGCAUGUGCAGCAGUACCCACAUCUCCAGAUGAGCUGAGUGAAAAACCAUUUUUCAGUAAGAAUGGACCAUCAUCAGAGCAUUGUAUCAUCUCCAAAAAUUCAGACUCACUCUUCUUUAAUACACCCAUCUGUCAAUUGUAUAGAAGAGAGAAUAUAACACGGAGAGGGAAUCGGGCUUCCUCCUUCAUCUCGAAUGCCCAGAGCCAGCAAAUCUACCCAAAGAACAUCAGUGUCUGCCUUCACGUUUCAAAAUCAAGUGACGGUGUUUUGACUCAUCUUCUUUUGCACUGACUUUUUAUUGCUAAUUAUAAUGGAUAAAUGUUCUUCUGCGUACACACAUUUGGGAAUGCCUUAGGAAAUGUGAAAUUAAUGUUUCAACUCGCAUGCAGAGGUUUGUUCAUUCAGCCUCUCUGCACUGGAGUUAAAGAGAAACAAAGACAACUUGCGCUGUUUGAGUCGUGAAUAUUUUCUGGUCAACUAAUGAGAACUGCACUGUAUUAGUUCUUUAUAAGGUAUAAAGAUGCUCCAAAUCCAAAUGGGUGUCGGGGUUUGGACAGAAUUAAGGAUAUUCUACUUGAUUCAGAAUCAGAAAACAUAAGGUACAACAAAAACAAAGUAAAAUAAGAUAAAGUGACGUAAAACACAAACCUCUUCUAUUUGGGGGCAUUUCCUGACCCCUGUCAAUACCACUUUCCACCUGAUGGGAGAAAAUUUGUAUUUUAUAAUAAUUGUAAUAAUAAUAAUAAUGAUAAUAAUAAUAAUUAACUUUAUUCAUAUCCAGCUCUAUCUCCCGGAGGGGACUCAGGACAGAUUACAGAACACAUAUAUGGCAAACAUUCAAUGGUUAAAGGUAAAGAUUUUUCCCUGACAUUUAAAUCUAGUCAUGUUAGACUCUGGCGGUGGGUGCUCAUCUCCAUAUGUAAGUCGUAGAGCCGGCGUUGUCCGUAGACACUUUCAAGGUCAUUUGGCCGGCAUAACUGCAUGGAGUGUCAUUACCUUCCUGCCAGAGCAGUACCUAUUGAUCUACUCACAUUUGCAUGUUUUUGGACUGCUAGGUUGGCAGAAGCUGGGGCUAUCAGCGAGAGCUCAUCCCACUCCCUGGAUUCGAAACCCCAACCUUUUGGUCAGCAAGUUCCAAUAGCUUAGCAAUUUAACCCGCUGUGUCACUGGGGGCUCUCAUACAUUCAAUAAACAGGACAGACAAUACAUAAACAGAGGUAAAGUCUUUUCCCCAUCUUUCUCCAUUUCUGGCAUCUGGAGGCUAUGCUUGAUUCCAGCUAUGGAUUGGGGGGGGGGGGGUUCGCUCCAUCUUCCGUGCUGAGGAGCUUUGUAAUCCUUAGACUUCCUGCCAAUCGAAUCAUCAGCGUGUCCUUAUAGGCACCUUUUAUUACUUCCCUGCUUAAAGUGGUACCUAUUUAUCUACUCACAUAUCUGUUUUCAGCUAAGGCUGACAGCAGGUGUUCACCCCAACCGAGGUUUGAACUACCAACCUUUCAGUUGGCAGGAUUUUCUGCAGCAGCUAGUUUAGCCUGCUGUGCGAAGCCUGGCCUUUUUCUUUAAGCGAAGCCAACCAACCAGCUAACUAUGUCACUAACUUAUUAAUAUACAUGGUUUUUAUCCCAUCCAGUAUCAAGAGAUCCCUGCAAACAAAUUCAAUGCCCCCCUCCUCUCAAUGCAAUGGAGAGAGAAAAUCCAUGUUGGCAGGAUUUCACAACACUAUGUACCCUGCCGAUGCUAUAUUAACUUGUUUUCUUUAAACAUGCACAUUAAGUACAAGGUCAUAUAGAGCAUCAUCAAGCCCAGCCCUUGUUAUCCAAUUUGUGAAUCAUGUAAAGUGUAUUCAGCUUUCCUCAAGUGCAGGCUUGUGAAAGGUUAAACUAUAACUAUUAGCAUUCCCAGCUAGGUAUGUCCAGUGGCAUUGCUAUCCUGGGGAUAAAGGGAGUUGUAGUGCAACAUAUCUGGAAGACAUCUGAUUGAUUGAGGACACUGUAGACUUUGCUUUUGGAGUCCUAGGCCUGCCUAUCAUCUUCCAGAUAUACUCAGUGAAGAGCAAACAGGAUUGCAAUAAGCUUGGAAGGUCUUCAAUUCUUCCAUGUUGGUCGAUCUUACAGGAAGUAUUUAGGCUCGCCUGCUACUCUUACUGUUCAUUUCUCUUGUCCUCAUUGACAGGAACAGCCUGUACAUUUUGAGGGGAUGGAUUUAUAUAGAUCCUAUAUAGGAGAUGUGCUGUACUGUCAUCAUCAUCACGGGAGAUCACUUGUGGCCGAGUGUGAUUAUCUUCAGAGUCUUGGCAGUGGGUCCGUAAAUGACCCCGGAGACGUUUUCUGGAUCCACAUGGCCUUUCACAUUGAGGACAUAGAUUUCCACAUGGAAAGUGGUCACAACAAUAGGAGUCGUGGUGGUGCAUUGGGUUAAACCCUUGUGCCGGCUGAAUUGCUGAUCUGAAGGUUGCCAGUUCAAAUCUGUGAGAUGGGGUGAGCUCCUGUCUGUCACCUCUAGUUUAUAGAGGCAUGAGAGAAGCCUCCCAGCAAAAUGGUAACACAUCCAGGCAUCCCCUAGGCAACGUCUCUGUAGACAGCCAAUUCUCUCACACCAGAAGCAACUUGCAGCUGGUUGGGUGGCUGACCUGCAACCCAAGGUUGGGUUGCUGACCUGAAGGUUGCUGGUUCAAAUCCAACACAGAGAGUGUGUGGAUGAGCUCCCUCUGUCAGCUCCAGCUCCUGCGGGGACAUGAGUGAAGCCUUCCACAAGGAUAGUAAAAACAUCAAAACAUCCGGGCAUCCCCUGGGCAGCGUCCUUGCAGACGGCCAAUUAUUUCACACCAGAAGCGACUUGCAGUAUCUUCUCAAGUCGCUUCUGACACAAUUUAAAAAGUCAUCACAACAAGGGUUUGUUUGAUAUGCCUUCCCCUUGGCUGUUUGUACACUUAAGGAGAUGUAACUGUCUUUGGUUCUGCUCUGGGGAAAGGUUGGUAGACAAAAUAAAAAAAAUGGAAUGCAGUAAAUGACAA